AUGUUUGAUUUUAUUCCUCACUCGACUGAAUUGACAAAGUUGGUUGCUGCUGAAAUCACAUUAGUUUAUCACGGAAUACGUCAUGGACAUAGCUAUUUGAGUCAGGCAUGCACUGCUGAUGUCUCGAAGAAAUUGUUUCAAGAUUCAACUGUUGGAAAAAAUCUCACAUGUGGACGAACUAAAGCUCGUGAAAUUGCUGUUAAUGUUUUAGCUCCAUUUAUGACUUCUCAAAUUACAGAAAUGAUUAAUAAAUCCGGUUUUUAUUCUUUAUCAUUCGAUGCAUCAAACAAAGGUCACAAGAAAAUGUUUCCAUUCGUUGUAAAUUACUUCACAGUUCGUGGUAUCGAACGAUCAGUGAUUGAAGUAAUUGAACUAGUUAAUGAAACAGCUGAUCAUAUUGUUGCUUCACUUCGAGAAGUAUUGCAAAUGAAUAAUAUUGAUAUCCAGAAUAUGACAUCAAUUGGUGCUGAUAAUACAAACGUUAAUUAUGGACGAAUUCAUUCUGUUUUUUCUUUGUUGAAAUCUGAUAUUCCACAUCUAAAGAAAGGUGUUUUGCUAUUGAAGAAAAAUACACAUGUCCCUAAUCAUAAUGUUUUCUUCUAG